AAACAAAUGUCCUCAUAUGUGGAUCUCAUUUUUGCCAAAACAACAAUCAGACAAGAACAACGUUCUUGACAGCGUUUGACUUCGUUUUUAGCGUUUACAUGUGGAUGGAGAUAUUUUUCACAGCUACAUGUAGAUUAAAAAAAAAAAAAACGAAAACAGAAAAUUUCUGUUUUAGUAUAUGUGUACGUAUUCAAAAAUACCCGUGUACGUGUGAACGUAGCCUAAAUAAGCCCAACACAGAGAACUAUCACAUGCUCACCCAUUAACCUGCUUCAGUUUUAGUUGUUCACUUAUAAAUGCUAGUUGCUAGUCUCUGAAUGCCAACCUGGAUACCUGAUAUUACAUUACUGCAUAAAAAACGUGAUACUGUGAGAGACUAUUUUUUGAUUUGUAGUAAACGAUCAUCUGUAGACAUGCAUAGAGUCCAGAGGUCUAAUUGAUUUUUGUUUUUGCAGCUGCUUUCAGAAAGAAGACCAGUAAAUAAAAAUCAAGCAGUGAUGGAACAAAAGAAUCACAUAAUAAAAAGAGCAGGGCAUCAAGCUCACAGCUUUCUCUAUAAUAAACUUUCUCUAUAAUGCAGGUGGUUGUUAAACAUGUUACUCAGCAGUCGACUGCCUACCAGUGAUGAGAUUUGUUUGUCUGUUCCUGUUGUUUUUCCUGUAACAUGUACAUGUAAUGUUUGAACACUGAACAGAAAGUUCUUCUUAAUGGGAAAAAUGACCAACAUUCCCCUGGUGGCAGGAUUUUUUUUGAAAUACACAGUCAGUAGUUUUAAUAGUUUGGAAAAAGGUUUACCCUAGAAAUGCUAAUUAUUGGUAAUUGGCACAUAUCCCACUAAUUUAGUUUACAGGGUCCACACUGUGUGCACAGUAUAUAGUGAAGUCUGCAUGUUUUUGAACAGUGAAAUUAGUUUUGUGCCCAAAUGAUUCUGCAUCAGAAUGAAAAGUUAUUGGCCACGUUUGCUUUUUAUAAACAUGCUUUCAUGACAUUAUUGUGCGUCGGGCUAUCCGGACUGACAAGUGGGACAUUGAACGACCAUAUUUAAAAAUGUGUGCAGUGACUUGUGUGUAAUUCUUGAGGACUCAAAAACGCGUGCUUCAGUCCACACACAAAUACGAAGCAAUUUAACCACAUUUAUAAAAAUUUUACAAAUGCGUAUAUCCAAACCUGAAUAAAUCGUGCAUAAAUAAUCACUAUUUAUUAACCUCAGCUCCAAGAAUUGGAUAAUUUUCUGGUUCAAAAACCUUUCUGUGUGUAGAAAUGUGUAAAAUUACACGUAACAUCUCUCUCGCUGGUUUACAGAACCUUACAUGUAUGUGCUUCACCUCAUACACACAGAUAGCAUGGUGGGGUUUUGAGACAAAUGUCCCACUGUCAGCUUCCCUGAGCUGCUUUCAUGCCCCAUUGCAAAACUUGGACAUCUAGGCUUUGUCUCUAUUCCUGCAUUCUUUUAUUUGACAUUUAUUGGUUUUCUUUUAAUAAAGCAGGCGUUAAUUUUUCUAAAUGAACAGAACAGCUCACUUCACUUCUGUAUGCUGACAAACAUGUGAUCCUGCUUUUUACUCCUUUGUAAUGAUUUAAUUUGAUGCUCUGUAGCCAUGCAGCGAGAGAGUUUGCAUAUAUUAGAAUGUUAGGUUCAGUGAUGUCAUCAAAACAGUUUUAAAAAGGGACCUUUCAAAGUUCCAACUACAUACAAAAUCAAAUAGUUAUUAGUGAGUUUAGUCCAGGGAGUACAAUUUUGAAGCAGUUUCUGACAUGUCGUCAAAAUCUUGGCCGACCUUUACUACACCACGUGCUGUGGGUGAAAGUAAAUAUCUAGAACGCCACACUGAGCCCUGGUCCUUCAGGAUAGAGGACAGGACGUCAGAUGGGCGAAUCAAGAGCUCCAAAAGAAAAGAUGGUUCCACAGAGAGAUUGGAAAAAGCUUCAAAAAUAAGAAAGGACAGCGAAAAUCCAACCCCAGGCCCCAGCCAUGUUUUCUUUGAGAAGUCUGCUUUCAGAAAGAAGAGCAGCAAAAGAAAGAACAGAACAGAAGAACCACGCAGUAAAAAGAGGAGGACAUCAAGCUCACAGGAGUCCAACAACUCCAUCGAUGAGACAGAUAAUCCUUUACCUAACACAUACAAAAGUCACACUAAAGAGGAGUUUGAAGAAAAAUAUGAAGAGCAGGAUGUGCUGGGUGAAGGACAGUUUGGGAAAGUAUUCUGUGGAAAACGCAGAGAAGACAAUUUCCAAGUGGUUAUAAAACAUGUUUCUCAGAAGUCACUCCACCGCCAACCAAUGCUUCUUAAUGGUGAAAAGACCAAAAUUCCUAUGGAGGUGGCACUGCUGAUAAAAGUGGGGGCAGGACCAGAGGCUACAAGCAGCAAUGUGACCCCAGUUUUACUCGACUGGUAUGACUUAGAAAAAGAACUUGUUAUGGUCUUUGAAGGGAGCAAAAACAACAUAGACUUGGAAGUUUACCUGUUGAAAAGAAGAGAAAUGAUUUGUGAGAGCGACAUUAAGGCCAUAAUGAGACAGUUGGUAGAUGCAGCCACUGAAAUGCACUCCAAGGGUAUUUUCCAUCAAGACAUUAAGACAGACAAUAUUAUAAUUGAAAACUCAGCUGAACGUUUAGCAAAUUGGUGUGUCAAAUACAUUGAUUUUGGCUGUGGAGCCAUUUUUACACCAGAAGCAGUCACUCGAAGAAAUGGGAGAAAAUCACCGGCUCUAAACUUGCCGUUUAACGCCACCAAAGCCGAUUGCAUCACAGUUUUGCAGCUGGGCAGGGUGAUGGAUAGGCUGUUACACAACAUCUUCCAAGUCACCUCUGCCAAUAAGGUGUCUUCGAAGCGUACCGAUAUUUCAGAAAACUGCGAGAGUUUUCUGUUAGGUUGUCUGGCAGACAGUCAUGAAGACCGCCUCACCCUGGAGGAACUUCAAAAUCAUCCCUGGUUCAAAUGACUUAUCGACUCCAAGCACAACAGGGUUACAGAGCAUAAGCUCUAACAGAGAAGUAUUUGGUCAAAUUCUGAAGCCAUGUCACAUAUCUGUGUACGUUUUUAACAAUUAUGUCAUUUUUACAGGGCCAGCCCUCUAGAGGCACCCCACAAAACCCACGAGAUCGCAGUGGAACCACCCCCAGCAAUCCGUGGAAAGGGGAUCUCUCUUUGAAUUGCCUUUCCCGAGGUUUCUUCUCAAGUUUUUGAGGAGUUUUUCCUCGUCUUCUUAGAGAGCUUGUGCUGGGUUAAAAACUGUUGCUACUAGGAACCUGAGUUAUAAAUACAGGUGCAUAGUGGCAACCUGUAUUGCUACACUGAUCAAUUGAUCAAUUAAUUAUUCAUGAAUCAAUUUAACCAAAAAAAUUAUUGGACAAAUCUAAAGAAAUGUAUUAAUCAGGGAAUUAGUAGCAACAGUAAUUGGACAAUCUAAAUUUAUCAGUUAAUUAAUAAAUAAAUCUUAAUAAUUCA